UUGGAUGAAUCAGUCGACGUUGACAGUCCUCGGGAUAUGACUGUGUGCUUUUGUAGUAGGGAGCUAACUUUAGCUAGACCGUUAGCCGGUUGUCAGGUGUUUUAGGAUUCCGUGCCAACGCGUUUCCGUGUUCUUCGUUAGCCUUACUAUUUGUAAACGAUGACACUGAUAUAAUGUUAUUUUUUUAUCGGUUUAGGGGGGGGGACUUAAGUUGAGCCAAAUGGCUAACGCUAGCUAGCGUGUCAUCAACUUGUGAAUCAGAUAACUUAGUCACCGUGUGGGCCAUAACACCCUCUUCUUCUUCUUCUCCUUCUUCUUCUUCUUCAGAAAGGUGAGCUAGCUAAACGUAACACAGUCAGGUAGCUUAGCAACGAACUUGCACAGAGUGAGCUAGCCGGGUAGCUUAGCAACGAGCUGACUUUACACAGAAGUUGAUUAAUAAUAAUAAUAAUAAUAAAGCUAGCAUUGUGAAGCUAGCUGUUUGGGGGAUUCUGUAAUAAUGAGAACGGUUCAGUCCGACACGCUGGGAUUUGUUCCUCAGAAAGACAUCGUGUACAACAAACUCCUGCCCUAUGCGGACAGACUAGACGACGAGUCAAACGAUAUCUUGAGUAAAAUAAAAGGAAACUUGUGUCGGGCUGUGCAGCUCAGAGAGAUAUGGCCCGGUGUGCUUUUCUGGACCAGGAAACUUUCCACGUAUAUGAGACUGUAUGGACGAAAGUUCAGCAAAGAAGACCAUGUGCUCUUCAUCAAGUUGCUGUACGAGCUAGUGACCAUCCCUCGACUGGAGAUCAGCAUGAUGCAGGGCCUCGCUCGGCUUCUUAUCAACCUCCUCAAGAAAAGGGAACUACUGUCGAGGGAUGACCUUGAGCUGAACUGGAGACCGUUGUACGAGCUGCACGACCGGAUUCUUUUCUCCAAGACUGAGCAUCUGGGCCUCAACUGGUUUCCCAAUUCUCCACGGCCUCGUUCAUCCGCUAAACACAUAAUGCUAAAAUUGGUUCAGAGGUGCUCUGUGGAGAGUGUGCUGAAAACCCUCGUGAAAAGCUGCAGACCAUACUUUUCAGAGUCUGCAACUCAGGAGAUGUUGAAUGAGUGGAGGCCGCUCCUCUGUCCCUUUGAUGUCACCAUGCAGAGAGCAAUCAGCUACUUUGAGCUCUUCCUACCCACAACCCUGCCUCCAGAGCUGCACCACAAAGGGUUCAAGUUGUGGCUCGAUGAGCUGAUCAGCUUAUGGGUGUCUGUGCAAAAUCUUCCAAGCUGGGAAGUGCACCUGGUCAACCUCUUCGCUCGCUUGGCCAAUGACAACAUCGGCUACAUUGACUGGGACCCUUACAUCCCGAAGAUUUUCACAAGGAUUUUGAGGAGUCUGAAUCUCCCCGUGGGGACCAGUCAGAUGAUGGUGCCACGGUACGUCACCAAUGCCUACGACAUCAGCCAUGUGGUACUCUGGGUGUCUUCACUUCUGGGAGGACCCAGCAAGCAAGCUCAAGAGCAGCUCAGUGGCCUUUUUAACAGCAUCACGUCGUUCUUCCACCCGUCAAACCAUGGCCGCUGGUUGAUGAAGCUCAUGAAGCUGCUCCAGCGUCUCCCAGCCAGCGUGGUACGGCGGCUGCACCGAGAGCGCUACAGAAAACCCACAUGGCUGACUCCGAUACCGGACAGUCACAAGCUCACAGAGGAGGAUAUCACAGACUUUGUGGAGAGUAUGAUGCAGCCGGUUCUGCUGGCCAUGUUCAGCAAGACGGGCAGCCUCGACGCAGCCCAGGCCCUGCAGAACCUCGCUCUAAUGAGGCCCGAGCUGGUCAUUCCCCCCGUGCUGGAGAGAACUUACCCAGCUCUGGAGACUCUUACUGAGCCACACCAGCUGACUGCCACCCUGAGCUGCAUGAUCGGAGUGGCACGUAGCCUAGUGUCAGGUGGGCAGCGCUUUCCUGAGGGGCCUACUCACAUGCUGCCCCUCCUCAUGAGGGCUCUGCCGGGUGUGGACCCGAAUGACUUCAGCAAGUGCAUGAUCACAUUCCAGUUUAUUGCAACAUUUGUGACCCUUGUGCCUUUGGUGGACUGUUCGUCUGCCUUACAUGAAAGAACUGACCUGACAGAGGUGGAAAGAGAGAUGUGCUCGGCCUCAGCAGAGUUUGAAGACUUUGUGCUUCAGUUCAUGGACAGAUGCUUUGCCCUGAUAGACAGCAGCACUCUAGAGCAGACACGAGAGGAAACAGAAACAGAGAAAAUGACUCAUUUGGAGAGUCUGGUAGAGCUCGGCCUGUCCUCCACCUUUAGCACCAUCCUCACACAGUGCUCCUUGGACAUCUUCAAGGUUGCUCUGGAAAAGGUGUUCAACUUUGCAACCACAAACAUCUUCGAGACGCGUGUAGCUGGGAGAAUGGUGGCUGACAUGUGCAGAGCAGCAGCCAAGUGUCACCCUGCAGAGUCACUCAAGGUGUUUGUGCCACACUGCUGUAAUGCCAUAAACCAAAUUGCCGUCAAUGAGGAAGUGUUGAAUGACGAGGAGCUUGACAAGGAGUUGUUGUGGAAUCUCCAGCUGCUGUCUGAGGUGUCUCGUGUCGAUGGCGAUAAGAUCCUGCCCUAUCGCUCCAGCCUGGUCCAGAUUUUGCAGUUGACCCUCCACCUCAAGUGUAAGCAGGGCUACAUGUUAGCGUGCAACCUGCUGCACCACAUCCUGCGCUCCACAGCCCUCAUCUACCCCACGGAGUACUGCAGUGUGCCAGGAGGCUUCACUCAGCCAAUCAGCGACUAUCUUCCCAUCAAGGACUGGGGUCGGCCAGGGGACCUGUGGAACUUGGACAUCCGGUGGCACGUGCCCAGCUUGGAGGAGACGUCCUUUGCUUUUUAUUUACUGGACCUGAUCCUGCAGCCUGAACUCCAGCGCCUUCAGAGAUUUGCACAGGGGGAACAGGACAUGAGCAGGGAUGAUGUCCUGCAGAGCCUGACCAUCGUUCAGCACUGCCUCCUUGGAGCUGGAAGUCUGAUGCCUCCGUUGAAAGGAGAGCCCAUUCCUGAACUAGUCCACAGCAUGGUGAACCUGGAUGAGACCAACCUCUACACAGGAAUGCAAUAUGAUGAGUCCCGAGAGAACUACAGAGAUGCUGUGUGUGGUGUGAUGAGAAAGCUGCUGCAUUACAUCCUGGAGCACUCUGAAGAUGACACCAAGUCUCUUUUCUCCAUCAUCAAGAUUAUCAGCGACUUGUUGCAUUUCAAAGGCUCCCACAAACACGAGUUUGACUCCCGCUGGAAAAGCUUCAACCUCGUGAAGAAAUCGAUGGAAAACAGACUUCAUGGCAGAAAGCAGCACAUCAGAGCUCUGCUAAUAGACAGAGUCAUGCUCCAGCAUGAGCUGCGAAAGCUGACGGUGGAAGGAUGUCAGUACAGAAGCAUCCACCAGGAGCUGAUGAGAGACCUGUUGAGGCUUUCCACGAGCACCUACAGUCAGGUCCGCAGCAGAGCUCAGAACGUGUUGUUCACUGCGCUGGGAACAUAUAAUUUCUGCUGCAGAGACCUGAUCCCUCACGUCCUGGAGUUUCUCAACCCGGACAACAAAAGCGUCACACAGCAGCAGUUCAAAGGUGCCUUGUACUGCCUUCUGGGGAACCACUGCGGGGUGUGCCUGGCAAAUUUGCACGACUGGGAGUGCAUCGCGUUAACGUGGCCCGCCAUCGUCCGCUCCGGCCUCAGCUCGGCGAUGUCCCUGGAGAAGCCCUCCAUUGUCCGCCUCUUUGAUGACCUCGCAGACAAAAUCCAUCGGCAGUAUGAGACCAUCGGCAUCGACUUCUCCAUUCCUGGUGAGUGCUGUGCUGUGGCCAAACAACUUAUGAUCACUGGGAAUCCUCUUCCUGAGGAGCCUGUCCCCUCAGAGGACGAAGCAGCAGAGGGUCUCAAGAGGCAGGAGCUCAAGAACUCCGAGUCUGUUCAGAAAUACAAACAGCUCAUUGGUGAUCUGCUGGAGACCAUCGACAACAGGAACAUGCCUUGGAAGUUCGAACACAUUUCGAUUGGCUUCCUGUCGUUGCUCCUGAGAGACGACCACCAACUCCCACCGCCUGCUAUUACGUUCUUUGUCAAGAGCCUCAACCACGACUCCCUCUACGUCCGCAAGGUGGCGAUAUCAGCUGUUGCAGGAAUAAUGAAACAAAUAAAGAGACCUCACAAGAAAGUCCCCAUCAACCCCUCUGAGCUUUGUGGAGACAAGGAGCUAAGCGAUAUGGUGGCAGGAGACCGUAAAGACAACCAGUGGCUCCAGUAUAACAGCAGCAACCUGCCACGCACUCAGAAGGACUGGGACGGCUGUGUGUUUGUGGAGAAGACGCACUGGGGAUACUACUGCUGGCCAAGAAACCUGAUGAUGUACGCACCGCUGGAGGAGCAGCCCAAACAGAACCUGCCCAGGGACGAAAUGACGGAGCGUGAGCAGAUCAUCUUUGACCAUUUCUCAGACCCAGUGUUCAUCAACCAGUUCAUCGAGUUUCUCUCUCUUGAGGACCGCAAAGGCAAAGACAAGUUCAGUCCUCGCAGGUUCUGUCUGUUCAAGGGAUUGUUCCGCAACUUCAGCGAUGCCUUCCUUCCACUGCUGCAGCCACACAUGGAGCGUCUGGUGGCAGACUCCCACGAGAGCAAGCAGCGCUGUGUGGCAGAGAUCAUCUCUGGUCUGAUCAGAGGCUGCAAGCACUGGAGCUACGCCAAGGUUGAGAACCUCUGGGAGUUGUUGUGCCCUCUGCUCCGUACCGCCCUGUCCAACAUCACAAUAGAAACGUAUGCAGACUGGGGCACCUGCAUCGCCACAGCCUGCGAGAGCAGAGACCCACGCAAGCUGCACUGGCUGUUUGAGCUGCUUAUGGAGUCUCCAGUUAACGGAGAGGGGGGCUCCUUUGUUGAUGCCUGUCGUCUGUACGUGCUGCAGGGAGGCCUGGCUCAGCAGGAGUGGCGUGUUCCAGAGCUGCUCCACAGGUUGCUUCAAUACCUGGAGCCAAAACUCACACAGGUCUACAAGAAUGUACGGGAACGUAUCGGCAGCGUGCUCACCUACAUCUUCAUGAUUGAUGUCAACCUGCCGUACACUCAGCCCACCACCUCCCCGCGCAUCACCGACUUCACAGAGCGGAUUCUGGUGCAGCUGAAGCCUCUGACCGAGGGCGACGAGGAGAUCCAGAAUCACGUCGUCGAGGAGAACGAGGUGGGGGAGCAAGAUGAGCGGACGCAAGCCAUCAAGCUUCUCAAAACAGUGCUAAAGUGGCUGAUUGCAAGUGCUGGUCGCUCCUUCUCCACCGCUGUCCCCGAACAACUGCGGAUGCUUCCCCUUCUCUUCAAGAUCGCUCCGGUAGAGAACGAUGACAGCUACGAUGAACUGAAGAGAGACGCAAAAACCUGCCUGUCUCUGAUGUCUCAGGGACUCCUCUACACUGAGCAGAUCCCCAUGGUCCUCCGUGUCCUGCAGGAGAUCGCAGGCAGCAGCUCCUGGCAUGCUCGCUACACGGUGCUCACAUACCUUCAGAUAAUGGUGUUUUACAACCUGUUCACUUUUAUGAGCGACCAGAAAUCAGUGAAUGACGUGCGGGCGCUGGUGGUACAGCUGCUGGAGGACGAGCAGCUGGAGGUGAGAGAAAUGGCGGCCACUACAUUCAGUGGCUUCCUUCAGUGCAAUUUCCUGUCCAUGGACUCCCCCAUGCAGGCACAUUUCGAGGCUCUCUGCAAGACUUGCUUGCCUAAGAAGAGGAAGAGGGAGCUCGGCUCCAUAGUGGACACUAUCCCCUCCGCUGACCUUGUGCGGCGCCAUGCUGGUGUUCUCGGGUUGAGUGCUUGCAUUCUCUCCAGCCCGUACGAUGUGCCCACCUGGAUGCCACAGCUGCUCAUGGACCUGAGUGCUCACCUCAAUGACACACAACCGAUUGAAAUGACUGUGAAGAAAACUCUGUCCAACUUCCGACGGACUCACCAUGACAACUGGCAGCAACACAAGCAGCAGUUCACCGAUGACCAGCUGCUGGUUCUGACUGACCUGCUGGUCUCCCCCUGUUACUAUGCCUAAAACCUGUUUGGGACAAACCUAAACAACAGAUACCAGCCUGCAUUGUGGAGGAGUUCCAGGUCCUGACCGAUGAAAGACACCCUUGAAGAAAAGUCACAAAACAGCAGCUGAGCUGUGUCACCUGAGGAGAACUGAAAAGUUGUGGAUUUAUGUAUUUAGCUCAUUUACAUUUCUACUAUACUUAAUAUUUAAGGAUCAAUCAUAGCAGGGAUGGAUGACCUGCAGUCUGUAACAUUACUGUACAGUUUUUUUUUUUCUUCUGCUUUUCGGUUUGUUUGUGUGCAUGUGCACGGGUUUGUGCGUGUGUGUGUGUGUGUGUGUGUGUGUUUCUGGGAUGCUUGAAGACAUCUGCCGGUGUCCCGCAUAUUUCUCAGGAUUCUUUCCCCAAGUAUCAUCUCUGAGCCAACACGGUUUUUUUAGUGUAGGACCUACUCCAUAGUCCAAUAGUGGAGUAUUUGUUCGAAAGCCACAGAGAAUCGACCGCUUUAGGUUAGACGUACACAUGCGACACACAAUGUUUGUGUGGCUGUUUGUUCUAUCUGUGAUUAUAUGCAUCAUGUAUGUGUAUGUCAUCGUAUAGCAAAUAUGCACAAACAUAUUUAUUUAUUUAUUUGACAUUUUUGAAGUGCUAAGUUUUUAGUUUUUUCAUAUAAAGUAGUUCUGAGAUCAAGUAGAGGACUGAGAUUUUUUAGCAGUGGUGUCUCUGGCAAAGGAAGAAAGAAAGGGAGAGGACAAGCUCCCCGCUGCUGUGGUGCGUGUGAAGCGUUUGCCGUGAGGACCUGAGCACAGUUUGAUUGCCGUUUCAUGUGUCCCGGUGCAAGCAAAUAACCACAUCGCCUGUCCAUAAAUAACCGUGACCUCUCCCCCUUUUAUCCUUGGUUACAUUGGUCUUUUUCUAAAAACCCAGUGAGAUGAGAUGAAAUUAUUGGUUGUGUACGUUUCCCCCCCUGAUGACUUGAAAUCAGUCCAAGUGUUGAAGCAUUUAGUUACCUCACUCAUGUAUAGUGUAGUGCCAAAACUGCAGUGAUUUCUUUUUUUUUUUUUUUAGAUGUAAUGUUUGCCUAUUGAAUGAGACGACAAUAAACUGUUUGUAACAAAACAAAA